UAGACAAAUUUGACAAAUGGCAAUGUGUUAAUGACGGAGCAAAUUUGUGUUGGUAUUUUGUCCCUGAAUUUGACAAUUAAAAUCAAAAUUGUACUGACGAAGCUAUAAAAAUAUACAUGGAUAUUUUUUCAUAAUGUCGAGAAACAAACCUAUGUUGCUGAGAGUACAAUCUCCAGAAGGAACAAAAAGAGUUGAAAUCAGCGCUUCUUCCACAACUUGUCAAUUGUUCGAAACAGUUCAUGACGCCUUUGAAUUUAACAGUUUUGCUUUUGCUUUAUACAAAGAAAAAAACAAGAAAAGUGAGAUACCUAGCAGCAAGUCUAAAACUGUGCUUUCCUUGGGUUUGCGUCAUGGGGAUAUGAUAUAUUUAGCUCCUGUUAAUGGAGCAGUAUUGUUUAGUAAUAACUCUCCUUCUGGGGAACCAGUGGAUGAUGCCACCCCUUCGACUAGUGCUAUGCCUUCCACAAGCGCUACUUCAUAUUCAAAAAAUAGAAUUCGAAGUGGCUCUGCAAACAUUAAAGAGGAUGAGGUAGAUCUACAGUUAAUGAAAAUUGAUGGAAAGGUGCAGAGGAAUAGGGAUGACAAACUCUGCCGUCACAAUGCCAACUCCCGCUGUGUUCAUUGCUCACCACUAGAACCUUAUGAUGAAGCGUAUUUGAAAGAACACAAUAUUAAACAUCUGUCCUUUCACUCAUAUUUACGCAAAAUGAUGUCUGGAGUGGACCGUGGGAAGUUUUUAGCCCUAGAAGACAUCUCUUGUCGCAUCAAAGAAGGCUGCAAGGAUCAUCCACCAUGGCCUAGAGGUAUCUGUUCUAAGUGCCAGCCUAACGCUAUCACACUGAAUAUGCAGGCUUACAGGCAUGUUGAUAACGUGGCUUUUGAAAACACAAAUUUAGUUGAAAGAUUUUUGAACUAUUGGAGGGUUACUGGCCACCAAAGAAUUGGUUUUCUUUAUGGAAAUUACGAAGUACACCCUGAUGUUCCCCUAGGAAUAAAAGCCAACGUCGUAGCAAUAUACGAACCUCCACAAGAAAGUUCGAAAGACUCGAUCCAUCUCCUUCCCGAUGACAGAGAGGAAAUCGUGGAACAAAUGGCAGCAUCUUUAGGUUUAAGACGUGUCGGUUGGAUAUUUACCGAUCUUCUCGCUAAGGACGUUCAAACCGGCACCGUCAAAUACAUUCGAAACAUCGAUAGUCACUUGUUUUCUUCUCAAGAGUGCAUAAUGGCUGGCCAUUAUCAAAAUAUGUACCCCAAUCCCACCAGAUACGCAUCCAAAGGGACUUUUGGGUCGAAGUUCGUUACGGUGUGUGUAACAGGUGAUAAGACCAAUCAAGUCCACAUGGAAGGAUACCAGGUGUCCAAUCAGUGCAUGGCGUUAGUACGAGACAAUUGCCUUCUGCCCACUAAGGAUUGUCCAGAAUUAGGUUACGUCAGAGAAUCGUCAGAUAAGCAGUACGUUCCGGACGUGUAUUAUAAGGAAAAAGAUUCAUACGGAAACGAAGUAUCUCGACUAGCUCGUCCACUGCCAGUAGAAUACCUUUUACUUGACGUUCCCGCCUCGACACCCGUCUCCCCUCAAAGAACGUUCAACAUCGAUCCCAACAAGCAGCCCUUCCCCGUGGAAAACAGACUGGUUGAAGGCCACAUUCAGGACUUCAACGCUCUUUCCACAUAUCUAUCUCAAUUCGCAUUUAACGAGUUCUUUACCGCUAUCAAUGAUUUCCAUUUGCUGCUCUAUAUCUCCACCAUGGAGAUGCUGCCUAUGCGCGAGUUUAUAGAACCUCUGCUCAAAGCUCUUAGAAACAAGGACAGGGAAGCCGCUGAGGAAUGGUCGAGGUCGGAGCAUUGGGCUACGUUAGAACAGCUGAUUGCCGCUAGUUCUCCACCACCUUCAAGGCCAGGAAGUGUUGCUUCAGGUAGCAUAACGUCAUCGCCUGGUGCCUCGAGUGGACCAAAAUGGACCUGCCCCUUUUGUACUUUUCUUAAUAAUGCUGACGUACAGAACUGUGAAAUGUGCAAUCUGCCUAGGUCUAGCAGACCACAAUAAGGUGUGCAGAUGGGAUUAAGAAGAAAAUCUUGUGAUUUGCUGCAUGUUUUCUCGUUUGUAAGAAUGCUUUCUAGAGAUUUGAAAUAACAUCGUAAGAAAAAAGGAAUGAAGAAAAAAAUUAAAUAACUAGAUAUAAAAAAAUUUAAAACGGAUAUGGAUAUUUUUCUAAAUUGAAAUUGGAGUUUCAUUUUUACGAUGAAGAAUUUCCUCAUGUCGUCUUGUACAUACUAGCUUUGAGUUUUAUUUAAUAUUUUUUGUAGAUAUAAGUUCUGUUCAUUUAACUUAUGUGUAUGGUGAAAAGAAAAAUAAUUAGAAAAUGA